UCUUGGCAUCCCGCUUCCGCUGCUUUGCAAGCGAGGCGCGUCGGACAUCUGCAGCACCCUGACGACACUCACUUUAGGCGAAGACACAAGUCGAGAGGGAGAUACUUCUACCUCUCCAGGUGAACAUUGGGAAGAGCGACAGAGGUUGUACCGGACGGGCCAUCCUUGCCACUCAGAGAGCUUAAGAUACUUGCUGCUUCAGCCGCCAAGGGAAGCCCCUCCCCCGCGAGAAUCCAUCUCUUAUCCUUCCCCACCUACUUCUUCCCUUCAAUGGUCAAUCAGCGAUGGUUCAAAACGGCUUUGGCAGUAGAGAUGCCAAUUCUCAUAGUCACAGUCUCACUACUCUCGUGGGCGCUAUAUGCGCUCAACGACGCUCACACGUUUGUGGAUCUGUCUUCGCAGGGACCUUUUGCGAGCGGCGGGGACAGAGCUAGAUAUGGACUCGACCUUGGCACUCAAAUCGCAACAGUGACAAUUACCUACACAGGAGCGACUGCCAUUUACUCGCCAGUGAUCUCCUAUACCGCUGUUACGAGGCAGGUACUGAGUGACAAUUCGUCCACUACGGCUUACAUUCGAAAUACCCGUCAAAGUUUCCUUGGUAGUACUUCGGGUACUAUCACCACCACUGCAACACAGACGAUGUAUCCGGGAGUUUUUGGCACCGCCGGAUACGGAGAUAUUUACUCCCUCGCUCAGGUCUCUGCGAGCACUCUCAAGAUGUGGGCACCAGGAGAAUACGAACGGUCCCAUGCCCUCGACUAUUCCCUUGCUCCAAGCACUGUCAACCCGCCGCCGACUUCAGCACCGCAAUCAUCAGCGACGUCCACGGUGCCGGUGGCAGCUGCCACGCAAGCUCCCGAGCGGCGAGAUGGAAGCUGGAGUGAAGGCUACACCUACAAUGCGCAGGAGGAAGGACUGUACUACCCCUCUUGGGAGAAUCUCUUCGAGCUCGGCCUGUGGCUUGGCACUUUUGCAGCCUGCGUGGUCGUACUUGUCGCACGUCUGCUUGUGAAUGUGGCAUACAUCUGGAUGGUUCCGAGGAAAGCAACGGCAAUCUUGCUGCUCUCCUCGGCCGCUAUUGCCCUCGCCGUGCUCCUCGGCUGUGGCAUCGCUGCGUGGGUCUACUUUAUCACUUGGCAACACCUGACCGCACCGGAAGUCCAAGCCACAUUCGCUUUCUACAUCAUUAGUACUGCUGCUACACUCUCAGUCUUGAUACUUGCUGCUGCUGAGGCCCAUCGCUACAACGCAGAGGCAAAGCCUCACCGUCAAGACAGCAUCGACCACGAGGACAUUGACGGCGCGAGCACCGCCGUGGGCCACCAGACUCCGAUUGGUGGGGAGAAGUGAGCCUCUGCUGACUUCGUAGUCUUUUCCUGGCUUUUGCACACUGUAUAUAGCUGCUUUCCCAAUGUUCCGAUGCUCUAGCAAGCAAGAGCUCCUGAUUCAUCUCCGUA